AUGGAGAAAAGAUCGGAGAAGCGAGUUAGGUCAGGGGAUUCCGGCGAGUCAGAUUACCGGAAAUCUGACAAGGGACGUAAGAGGAGGAAGAAGGAGAAGGAUGUUGUGAGCAGAGGAACUAUUCAAAGAGACACGUCUACGUCCGAGAUGGAUAAGUCUGAUGGAACAAGAAAGCUUGCGGGUUUGACGUGUCAUCACUGUAAGAACUUAAAGAGUAAGAGUGAUCUUAUCUUCUGUUCAAAAUGUAACAAGAAACGCUAUUGCAAUUACUGCAUCAAGAAAUGGUAUCCAGAAAGAACGAGUGAGGAAGUUAGAGCUUCCUGUCCAUUCUGUGUGGGAUAUUGCAAUUGCAUAGCUUGUUUGCGUCAGCCUAAGGUCUUGAAACUUCGAAGUGAAAAAGAUGCGAAUGUCAAGUUCAAGCAGUUCCAAUACCUAUUAGUUAAAGUUCUUCCAGUUCUUAGGGAAAUUUGUACAGAGCAGAACCGUGAACUAGAGAUUGAAACAACAACUAGAGGAACCUGUUUUAUUAUAGGAGUCCGUGUGAAAGAAUCUGAUAUUACUAGGUGCAAACUUAACCCAAGUGAACGCAUAUACUGUGACCUCUGCCGCGCAUCCAUUGCCAAUUUUCACAGAAGCUGUCUGAACCCGGAUUGUUCAUGCGAUAUAUGUCUCGCUUGCUGCAAUGAACUAAGAGAGGGCUGCCACGAUCAAGAUUCGAAAACCUAUGUUCCACUGGAUAUCUCUAAUUGGAAACUUAAUUCAGACAGCAGCAUUCCAUGCCCUCCAAAAGAAUGUGGUGGUUGUGGUACUUCAACACUGGAGUUGAGACGCUUAUGCAAAAGUGAUUGGGUUGAACAAUUGAUAACGAAUGCAGAGGAAGUUACUCGGCAGUUUAGACCACCAGAUGUGGAUAUUGCUCAUGCAUGUUCCUCAUGCAUAACCAAUUCUGAUUCCACAAGAAGGCAGGCAGCGUUUGGGAAAAAUGCUCAUGACAAUUUCUUAUACUCCCCAAAUGCUGUUGAUCUGGCUGAAGACGAUAUUGCUCAUUUUCAGUCGCAUUGGAUGAGGGCGGAAACUGUGAUAGUCAGAAAUGUUCUCGAGAAGACAUCUGGACUAAGUUGGGAACCAAUGGUUAUGUGGAGGGCUUGUAGGGAAAUUGAUCCAAAGGUUGGAUGUAAAGAAGAGACAAAAGUUGUGAGAGCUUUGGAUUGCUGGGACUGGUGUGAGUCUGGUCUCCUAAAUCUCGCAACAAGAGUUCCAGAAAAUUCCUUGAAGCCAGAUCUCAGACCCAAGACAUACAUUGCAUACGGUUUCCCUGAAGAGCUUGUUAGAGGAGAUUCAGUGACAAAGCUACAUUUUGACAUGUCUGACGUGGUCAAUGUGCUGACACACACAGCUAAGGUGGAAAUAUCUCCCCAGCAAUGCCAAAUGAUGGAAGUAGAACGGAAAAGAUAUGCAGAAGCCAAGUUGCGUAAACAGUACAGUGGUCUACCGACAGAAGCUUUAUAUGGUGAACUUGAAAACAAGUCACUGAAAGGAGUGGAUGAAGAUAACAUCAUCUUGAUUAACCACAUAGAGAAUGUUGAAGCUUUAAAGAAAGGCAAUGGUACUUUAGGAGAACAGGGUUUAAAUAACAAGGCAGCUGACGAAGAACAAUCAAAUAACAGUUUGAGACCGUUGGCCUCACAAGAAGUUGAUAAUAUAUCUGCUUCGAAAGGUGACUGUACUAACAUUGAAAUAUCUGAUACUAUGGAGUCAGUUCAUGAUCCAAAGGCGGAUGCGGGUUUAACUCCUCAGAAGAAUGUAACGUCGAUAAACGAAUCAAUUGCUGAUGAGAAAUAUCAUGACAUCUGUUUGAAGACAGAGAGAUUAUCUCCAAAACACCAAAGAGAAUAUAAUCCCUCGGUGGAGAAUGGACUAACAAUGUCAGCCCUUCCUUCAAUUGCUCACAAGAUUCAUAAUGACAUAUGUGUGAAGGCAGAGAGAUUAUCUCCAAAAUACCAAAGAGAAGAUGAUCCCUCGGUGGAGAAUGGACUAAUGAUGCCAACACUUCCUUCAACUCCCCCGUGGGAAAAAGAGGAUUAUCCCCAACAACCUGUUGAGAGGACAAGUGUGAAAUCCAUACAAGAGCAGAAACCGGAUGUUCCAAAAGAAUCUGAUGGCAAUGCCAAUGAGAGGUCAAAUGAUGUGCUAGGUGGUGCUGUCUGGGACAUCUUUCGAAGAGAGGAUGUUCUGAAACUUAUUGAGUAUUUGAAAAGGCACAACCAGGAGUUUCGUCACAUCAAUAACCAACCUGUGAAAUCUGUUAUUCACCCAAUUCAUGACCAGGCUUUCUUCUUGAGUGAAAGGCAGAAGAAACAACUGAAGGAAGAAUAUGAUAUAGAACCAUGGACCUUUGAGCAACACCUCGGCGAAGCUGUUUUCGUACCUGCUGGUUGUCCUCACCAAGUGAGGAAUAGACAGUCUUGCAUAAAGGUGGCACUAGAUUUUGUUGCUCCUGAAAGCGUAGAGGAAUGCCUUAGGCUAAAACAAGAGUUCCGGAAAUUACCAAAAGGCUACAGAUUCAACGAAGAUAAACUAGAGCUUAAGAAAAUGGUGCUGCAGGCUGCGAGCUCAGCCAUAAGAGAGGCGAAAGGUAUAAUGCAAAAGUCCGCGAUGCAGUGA